AUCGCGUGCCUGCUCGCACUUGUGUGUGUGUGUGUGUGUAAGAUUCGAAAUUCAAAAAGCAAGCAUCGGCACAAGCAAUGUGUGUAUAGAACUAUGUCAAGCAAUAACAGUACAAAUAGAAAGCAAUAUAAUGAUAGAAAAAUACAGCACACAUCGCGCAUUACGCCCAAAAUAAGAGAAUAUCUGGCUGAGAUGGCCAACGAGCGGGAAUUGGAGCUGCAACGCUUCAUGGCAUUAUCAUCGACAUCACCCGCCAGCAGCAGCAUCAGCGUCGGCGCGCACAGUAGCAGCGGCGGCGGCGGCGGCGCCUGCGCCGGCAGCGGCAGCGGCAGCAUGGGGGUUGCAACAGCUGCCUGCGCAGCUGCCAUGGCCUGCAUUAGAAAGCAAAAGAAACGCGCGAUGCCGGCGGCUGAGCACGUUAAGCAGAUACCCAUUGUCAUGGAGACGGGACGCACUGCGUCCGCGUCUGUUGAGGAUCUGCGCACGCCCACCAAAGGCACCCAAACGCCGACGCCGCAGAUGCAGACGCGCAAAACCCAAACACCGGAAUCGGCGCUCAAAUCGCACAAACGCCUCGAAUGGGAUCCCGCCGCCGAUGUGGGCUAUCGCUGUCAGCGCGCCGCCUCCGCCAGUAACAUAAGCACGCUGGAACGCUCCGUGCUGGAGGCGGCCAUGCAGCCGGCCGCGCAACGUGCAACGGUCCAGCGCUCCAAUCACUCUGAAUCCGAUUUGAAUCGUUUGCAGGCGGCGGAGCAGCUGCCGCAGCCGGCGCCGGCGCCGCCGCUGGCGUCCAGCACCUUUGUCAACUCCAGCCGCAGGUCCAGCCAGCCCACGCCGACGCCGACGCCGGUGCCCAGCCAGAGUUCACGUCGCGAAUCCUGCGCCACGUCCGCGGUGAGCAGCUUCGAUUAUCAUCACAAUUCGCGGCCAUCCACCGGGCAGAGCAACAGCAAUAGCCACAGCAGCAGCGGGAGCUGCAAUCGGCAGGCGCUCAGCGCCGAGGAGCUGCUGCGUCAUGUGGAGCAGCAGCGUCAGGAGCGAGCGUAUACCGCACAGCUGGAGCAGGUGCUCUGCAAUCGUCGCCACAUGACGCGCGCCCAAAACAAGGAGAAUCAACAGCCGCCGUCUCAACCGCAGCCCAGCCCUGCCGUCUCCUCGUCGAGCGUCUCGUCCAGCCCGCCGGUUAAAUGCGAUCUGGAUCUGGGCAUCGAUUUGCUGUGCUCGCUGGUCAGCAAGCGCAGCCUCAGCCAUCUACAGAAAAAGCAGCUUAUACGCGACAUUGCCAAGCGACUCGCCUGCCUCGAUCUGGCCGCCAGCAGCAGCAGCUGCAACAGUCGCGCCGACUCCAGCCGCAGCUCCAGGCGCAGCAAGGCCGUUAGCCAGCCCAGGGAGCAGCCGUUGCCUGCUGCAAAUGACAAGCUCAAGGAGCCGUCGAGACACAGUCUGCCCUUGCGCAAGGACACGGCGACCAAUACGAGCAAAAGAUGCCUCAUACUCUCGCCGGAGCUGCUGACGCCGCCUGCUGCUCCUGCUGCGUCGCCUCCUGCUCCUGCUGCGCCGCCUGCCGUGCCCGUGCCCGCGCCUAGAACUCGCGUGGGCACGCCCACGCAAUCUCCGCUGCCGUGCAGCUAUGCCUCGACCAGCAGCGGUGCCUCCAACGAGCUGGUCACACAGAAAACCAAUCAACAGACUAAGCCAGCCACAACAGACGAGCAGGCAGCCAUACAGGAGUGGCUGAAUCCGAUGACGCAGAGCGAGAUUGACUACGAGGAGAAACAGCGGAUGCAGCGCGGCCAGCUGGAUGAGGAGCGGCGCACACAGCUGGACUGGAUUGAGACGGAGAUAAGCCGCCUGCGCACGCUGCAGAAUCUACUGAGCAGCGCCGCCAAGGGCGUCAUGCUGGCCCCGUCACCCGAUAAGGGUGUGCGCAUACCCAUCCAGCUAAUGGACGCCAUUGCGGAUGCAGUGCCGCCGCCAGCAGAGGGCAGCGCACUGUCGCCGGCUGCAGUUGUGCGGCGUCCGGCGCCGCCAGCGCCAACAGCAGUACCUCUUCCUCCUCCUCCUCCUCCUCCACCACCACCGCCUCCUGCUCCUCCACUGCCAGCUGCACCGCCUGCCAGCAGGCUGCUGCCGCGCAGCAAAAUGGCGACGCCGGCGCCAAGCCACUCGGGCAGCAGCGAGAGCGUCUGCUCCUUUGUCCAGCAGCGACAGCGCCAGUUCAUGGCCCACUAUCAGAACCAGCAGCAGCAGCGUCUGGAGCAGCAGCAGCAGCUGCUCCUGCUGCAGCAGCAUCAACAGCAGCAGCAACAGCAGCUCAUCCAGCGCCAGCAUCAGCAGCAGCAACAGCUGCAGCAUCCGUUGCAUGCCACAUAUCACAUGCAGCGCCCAUGUCAGCAGCAUCAGGAACAGCAACCACAACAGCAACAACAACAACAACAAUAUAUGCAAAUGCAGUACGCACAGACGACGGGCAAUGUGUACGGCUGCGUAGAUGAAGGCGCCGUCUAUUACCAGGUCGUGAAUUCCCACGGCGCGCCCUGCUACGUGCAGCAUGCCGUCAAGGCGGCAACAGUUGCAACAAAAACAACGACAACAACUGCAGCAGCAGCAGCAGCGGGAGCAGCGGCAACAACAACAACAACAACUGGCUCACAGAACAGCUGCAGGGCGACGAGCUCCACGUCGUCCAUGCUGUGCAUCAGCUCGGAGAUGUCCAUACCCAUGAGCAUGGUGAAUGCCUGCGAGGCGACGACAACGACAACAACAACAACGCAUCAAUACGACGAUGUGGCAUGCCACCAGCAGCUGCAGCUGUGCCAUCGUCGCCGCCUUCACACGCAGCGCAGCACCAGCUCCUCUGGCGCACAACGGCAACAGGAGCAAAAGCAGCGCCAGCAAAUGCUGCAGGUGCGACCGCGUGGCAUUGCGUAUGUCAUACAGUUUAGCGCCAAUGGCGAUGAGAGUGAAAUUCUGCCGGAGUCGCUGUCGCUGCAGGAUCAUCUUCAGCGCGCCCGUCCGCUGUUCUGUGCCCAGUCCAAGCAGCGCAAGGCGAUCCUCAAUCAAAUGCAGCUGCUGCGCAAUGCGCGACGACGCGAACUCGAUCAGCUGAUCGAGAACAGCAGCCUGGAGACACUGGACAGACGGCUGGAACAGCUGCCACCACCGGUUACCUCACGCGUGCGCAUCUUCUCUACGCGGGAGAUGAAGGCCCUGACCAGCAAACGCUGCGAGUUUCUGCCCGAGGUGCUGGCCGCACAAAGUCGCGAGCGCGAGGAGCGUCGUCGUCGCAGCAAUCGCAUCAUGCGCGACGUUUUCAAUCGGCGUCUGCAGCGUCGCGUGCGCCGUGGCAAGCUCUCCCUCAACCACAGUCGCACCGUCAUCUAGUGGAGCGAGGCGUCGCAGCAGCUCAACAAGUGCCACUUUAACACAUUCUAUAUAUAUAUAUAUAUCACAAGCAUGGAUCGAAUAAUAACUGGUUUUAUGCAUGCCAUUGUAGGCUCCAACUGAAAUCUAUUUUCUAGCUUGAUUUAUCUCCAUAAACAUCUAUAUUUUUUUUUUUGGUGUUUUGUCAACUUAUCUAUUUACUAGCAUUUUACACUGUUUGACCAAUAA